AUGGGCGACGACAGGUCUCGCACACCCAACGGGACUUCCAACGGCCACAGCGACCCCAUCAAGCGCUUCCCCUCGCCACCGAAACAGGACCCCCACCCGGCCGUCCAGUCGUUCUACCUCCCCACCGGCCUCUUUGGCCGCAUCCUCGCCAUCCCCUCGCAAAUCCUCUUUGCGCUCAUGGGUCUCGUCGGCAUGGCGCACUAUGCGCGCCAGAUCGUGCGUGUCCGCCCGCGCAAGGCCGGCGCCGUGGUCCUCAACAAGACUACGGAGGGAGCGGACGGAGCCGACGGCGCGAUGAAUGUCGACGAGUGGAUCGUCAAGAACACACCGUCGCUUAAUGGGACGUACAAGCCGGCGUGGUGGCUUCCCAAUGGCCACCUCCAGACCUUCUUCAUUAUCUCGGGCGACUUUAGCAAGACUGACAAGGUCGACUACGUCCGCACCACCCUGCGUGUCCCCGACGGAGGAACUCUCGCCGUCGACAUCACCCCGCCCAACCAUGAGGAGCUGCCCGCCGACGCGCCGACCGUCCUUGUCUGCCACGGUCUCACCGGAAACGCCAGCGAGAGCUAUGUCCGCAACGUGCUCGCAUGGGUCAUCAAGCCCAAGUCCGAGGGCGGUCUUGGCGGCCGUGGUGUCGUCUCUAACUUCCGCGGAUGCGGUGGCCAGCCCGUGACCUCUACCCAGUUCUACUCUGCGGCCGCCAGCGUCGACGUCAACACCAUCUCGCACUAUGUUCGCCACCGCUUCCCGCAGUCUGCCGUGCACGGCAUCGGCUUUUCGCUCGGCGCCGGUGCGUUGGCGCGCUACCUCGGCGAGAGCGGCGAGGACUCGCAGCUGUCGUCGGGCUGCAUGAUCGGCUGUCCAUGGGACAUGCCUGCGCUCUCGCACUCGCUCGAGGACGGCUGGUUUUCAUCCCGCGUCUACUCGAGCGCGCUCGGCGUCAACCUCAUGAAGAUGUUUUUCCGCAACUAUGACGCCAACCCGGCGCUCUUCGAGGACCCCAAGAACAGCCGCGUCCACGACGUCAUGCACGAGUUUAGGCGGCUGCGCGACAUGGGAUCCAAGAUCAGGCUGUACAUGGUCGACGAGUUUUUGACCUCGCGCGUGGGCGGGCCCUCGGCGCCGUGGCCGUUCAACGGGUUCCAGGAGUACUACAACUAUGCGAGCAGCCACAAGGUCAUCCACAACAUCAAGGUCCCAUCGCUCGGCAUCAACGCCUUUGACGACCCGGUCGUGCACGGCGAAGCCCUGCCCGUCGAACAGGUCCAGAACUCGUCCCACGUCCACCUGGCCGUGACGGGUUCGGGCGGCCACCUGGGCUGGUUUGACAGCCCGUCGCCGUACGGCCCGCAGUCCAAGUCGCGCUGGGUGCGCACGCCCAUUGCCGAGUUUCUGUCUGCGGCCGCGCGCGACCUUCCCCCGCGCCCGCCCGUCGCUGUCGUCCAGGAAGAGGACGGGUGGGAGUAUGUCGAUGCCCCGCCGGCGCCGACGCAGCUCGACGCCGACCCGGCGCGGAUCGGCUGGCGCGUGCUCAUGGUCGACGGACACAUGACCAGCUGGGAGGAGCGCGAGCGCGAGCAGGGCAAAGAGGGCGGCAAGGAGAGCUUCCAGGGCUUGUAG